AUGCUUAAGGAAAAUUAUGGUUACCCAGAUACUCUUGACUUUAGUGACAGAUAUAAAGAAGCUAUUAGAAAGUUCAAGGAAGGAAAUACUGACCCGAACCUAUUUAGCUUUAUGGUUCAGCACCAAAUGGGAUAUAAUUUCAAACCUGGAAAAUACAAGCUCGCUAAGGGAUAUGAUUUAAUAGCAUAUCAUCCAAAUGACAUGACUGAAUUUACUCCGAGAUAUUUGUUGUCAGAGCUAAACGAUAAUUCAACUCUCUUCAUGAAACGCGUAAAAAAUAGAGACGGAACGAAAGAAGAAAGGUUUAUGAGUCCGGAUGACUUAGAUAGGGAACUUGUUAAAAACGGUCUCGGAAUAUAUGAAAUGCCAGCAGAUGAGGUACAAGAAACUCCACAGGAAGAAGUUCAGAUACAACCAGACAUGGAAGAAAUAGUUCAGCAACAACAGCUAGAAGAGCCUGAAGGAAACAAACAA